AGUAACUACUAGAAGCUAAAUAAAUUCCAAAUAAAAAAAAUGAACAAACAGAAUUACUAAGCAGAUGACCGGCGAGAUUAGAGGUGUCUGAGCUGAGACUGAGGAAGACUCCAUGCCGUGUUGACAAGCCUGGCAUUGACUCUGGCUAGAUUUUUUUCUAGGGAUCUGAUAUGGAUUUUGCAGGAAAAAUAUCUAACUUGUCUUAGACGAUUGUCCAUCUCCAGGAAGAAAUUUAAACACUAGAAACUAGAAGCCGAAAAAAAAUCUUUUAGCAGCUCAAACCUUAUAAAUGUACUUCAUAAAGUGCCUUUUAUCUGAAAAGUGAGUGACGGUCCACCUCAUGCACCUUUCCAGGUCAGAGAAUGAGGUGAAGAUACGAUACACUGCUAGAGCCAAGGGGGAUAUAACGAUACAAUAUCAAUAUCCUGAUAAAUCCUUAGUAAUGUGGAUAUUUUAAUCCAGACUUGAUGAAGUAAAACCUUAAAAUUGUGUCAACAUGCCAUCUUCUUUUCCUCCUCUUUAUUAGUGAGUCUUUAGGCACUUUUAGGAGCUCACGUUAUCUUAGAUGUCAUGAUACGAUUUUCUUGACAUAUCGGCCGUCUCUCUUAUUUUUGGGGUCGUUACAUGUAUAAGAAAGGUCGCGCUGAAGGAACCGCUGACAAAAAGAGUUCCAGGGAUUUCCCUGAGGUUGUCUAAAAGUGUCUGUUGAAGCCCAGAGUUGAUGUGAAGACCCCCUGAAAACAUGUCAUACAGUGAUUCUUCCUUCAGCACUUUCACUCCUGCUCUUGUGUAAAAGUAAACAAUAUUCGUGACUUCCCCUGCUUGUGUGUGUGUGUGUGUGUAUUUAAUCUAGUCUUCAUUUACCUUCUUAUGUAAUUAUUAUUGCUUCCUUAUUCUGCCGUUUUAUCAGACUUUUUUUUGAGUUUUAUGACAUUUGUGGCUGAUUGAUUAAUGACGGGAAAAUGUUUGUGUGGAAUUUCACACAUGCCAGCUGGACGCAGUGAUUUCUGACCCUGUCUUUCCCAUCUUCGAGCACAAGCACCAAACAGAGAGCAAACAACCCAAACAAACAGACUUAAGGGCAGGAUUGCUUCAUCUGUCUUACAUACCAUUACAAGAAGUAGUAACAAUGGUAACAGCCAUUAAAACAGAGAACUGAUACCAUCAAAAGCCUGUGAGACACUUUGAGCAUAAUAAAAUCCAGCGUUCGAUAAAUCAAUAACGGAAUUUGUUAUUAAUAAUAUACAAAAGAAACUCUUCUUCUAGGCUAAAUAUCAGACUAAAGUGAGCAGAAUCAUUGCUUACCAUUUAUUUCAACAAGGUUUUUCAUCUAAAAUGCGAAUAUAGUGUCCCUAUGAAUAUAAAGUACAUCAUCAGACUCUCUUUAUGGUUUUAAAGCCCUAAAGAGACCAAAUCGGUAUACUUUGAGAAUAUAGAACUUCUCUCCUGAAGAGCUAGCAUCAGUGGGUAAAUAAAUGUCAUAGUGUCAUAAAAGUAAGUAGGUCAUAUGGGUUGAAAAUUCCGAACGGCUGAAGGGGUUUGGUUUUUUAUUGAAGCUUGUUGUCAAUGUUCCUCAUUAUCUUCUAUAUUGUUCUGCUCUGGGGAUUUUCUCUCUUCUGUCCACCUGCCUAUAAAUUCUGGUGAGUUCACUCGGCUGUUCAUGGUGAGCUCAGGUUUCUGAAACCUCUUCGUGUUUAGACAGAAUAAAGCAGAAGGUAGGAAGAAAAAAGAUGAAUUUGAUUUAUGUCUUCGCCUUUCAUCUGAUGCUGCUUCGUGUCGGGGAGAGCAGCACGCUGUGGGUUAUCAAGCCUAACGUCAUUGCUCUGGAAGUCAGCGGAAACCCGAUGGAGCAGAAGACCUCGGUGGAGUUGAGCUGUGGAGAUCAGUACGAAGAUGCUGAGAUCCACUGGAGGAAAAAUCAACACAACAUCCCAGCCAAGGGGAACAGUAUUACAGUGAGUAUCGAGGCCAUGCUGGGAGGAAACUUCACCUGCCACAGUGCCUCAGGAGAACUUCUGAACCACACGCUGGUGCUGGUCAGUCCACUGGACUUUGAGAAGGCCAUUCUGCUGCAAAACGAGAAUGAAGAAUUCGUCACCUGCAUAGCGAGAAACUACAGCGGGCCGUUUCACUGCUCUUGGAAAUGGGAUCCUGUGAGGAACGGCAUGGUGGUGUUUUUCAGAGCGCUCCGGAACUCGAGCGAUAUUGACUGCUCCCUGGACGAAGAUAAUGGUGGACUGACCUGUGAGAAUCUGCAGUGUCCUUUCUCAGAGGAGGUGACUCGCAUUAACCUCACCUUACUGGUCCGAAACCAGUACCGCUUAGAGGAGCACCAGAGGACUUUCUUCAUCCAUGACAUAAUCAAACCGGAGAAAGUCGACAUCAUCAAGGCUGAGAACAAUGAGUUCCAGUGGGAAGUCCCCAAAACAUGGAACCGCCCAUGUACGUUCUUCCCGCUGCGAUAUGAAGUGAAAGUGUUGUCACAUCGCAAGGACUGUGAUGACGCAUCACAUGACCAUCCAGAUAGCCUGUACUUGAAUGAGACCCAUUAUAAAGUCUCCAACAAGAAGAGUUACACGUUCUGCGUGAGAGCUCAGGACACCUUCACCAAUAAGGUCUGGAGUGACUGGAGCCAGCACAAGGUCAGCAAACAAAGAUCAAAAAAAUAAAAGGGCAAGAAGAACGAUCCCAUGAUUUUCCAUCCUGCUACUUUUGUGCAAUAAAGUGAUUUUGUUUUAUUGCUUUUAUACUAAAGCAGUCUGCUAAUAUUUAUUAUUUAUUAAAGAACGAUACAUCAGCAACCUCUUUAUUUUGCCUUGAAGUUAUUGACACAUGGUUUGGCUUGUACAUCAUCCAAACAAGGACAAAGUCUGGGUUUAUUUCCAAGCUACAAAGUG